AACAAAUCAAUGUAUGUUUUUACUUGGCUAGCUACCAUUGAAAAGUUUUGUGAUUUUUCGAUUUUAGCUUCGUGUAUGUUUUUAAGGUAUUAACUCUUAAUUUAAAGAGAUAUAACAAAUCAAUGUAGUGUGAUUGGUUACGACCCUUGUCUUUGUUUGAUGGAGUUCCGUCGCCAAAGUGUGACGGUCGUCCAAAACCGUCGUCAAGUAAUAAGGACAGCAGGUGUUGUGAUGGUCAGGUGCCCGUCGGGAACUUGAGUCAUUUCCCGAAUCCGAAUAGGAGUAGGAAUCCGUAUCCGUGUCGGACUCGGAGUAGGAACGGCGGUCGCUUCAUGUUGACGUUAGUUUUUUGCGAGUUCAAUUAAACCUUAUUAUUGGGCUUUCUCUGGCUCAAUUAGAUAACUAAGGCACGGUUAAAUUAACGGACUAAAAUACUUGAGUCAUUUGCUACUUUAAUCAUUGAUCUCGAUGGCUUGCAAGACAGCAAGCACUUAAAUUGACACAUGUAUUUAUGCAUAUCCCACUAAACUAAUCUAUUCUGUAUGUCAUUCAUGAAUGAAGGAAUGAUGGCCGGCCUAACCGAGAUUUUAAUCAACUGCCGUGCGAAGGUAAUUAGGUAAGACUUAAGAGGUAUCUUCACGCUUGAAAUAUAUAUAUAUAUAAUUAAGCUUAAUUUGAUAGAUCGACUUAUUGGUUCCGUGUGUCUAUCUAUCUCUUUCCUAGCUUCUAAACCUAAUUAAUUAAAUCGAAUUCCAACCAUAUAGUCACCUAAACACACACCCCAUGUGCUUGACGCUUGCAUUGCUUUGCAGGUAGGAGUGGGUAACGAUUUGCUUCACACUGGACCGAAUCGUAUCGAAUCAAUACUUGGGCGUAAACUGUAUUUGUAUCUAGGUAAACAUAUAUAUAUAUAUAUAUAUAUAUAUAUAUAUAUGAUUCUUUGAAGUUCGAAAUAAGAGAAGAUAGUCUUGUUCAUACCGAAUAAGGAAUUUACGCAGUAAACUUCUGUAUCGAUUUCGUUACCGUAUUAUCGAUUAACGCACUUAAUAUAUAACAUUGGACUAAGUAAGUAAGUAAGUUAAGUCUUGUUAAUUGCGUAUUAGGGAGGCAAAACUACCCAUCACAUGGGUACCUAACCCUAACCCAACCUAUUGUUGUGAUUGGAACUUGAAAUUGCUAGACAUCGUGUUAGUUAAUUAGUUUCAUACACCAAAAAGUGGCAGAAUGCAUAAUGAAUAUCACUUUGCUCGUGUCUCUGCCUCUUUGCAUGCAUGAAACUAUCCUUUGGUAAUAUGAAUUUGAACAAACCUUCCUUCCUUCCUUCCCUCCUUCAUCCGCUAGCUAGCCUAUAAAACCCAAAGCCAUUGCACCCUAACCAUUCAAUCCAUCCCUCCCAAUUUGUUCUUCAUCCUCCUCCUCAGGUUGCUUCUUCUCCACCUCACUAAUCAAUCAUCUUUGUUUCUUUUCCCCUGCUCUGAUCCUCCUCGACAAGAUGUCUGCGCCAGCUCUCAUGACCACCUGCUUCUUAAUGCUGAUUCCCUUCCUCCUCGAGGUUCACCUCCCUCUGGUUUCGCCCCAACUUCUGAAAGGGUGCGGAUUCUCCUCCAUCUAUAACUUCGGCGAUUCUUUGUCGGACACGGGCAAUGCGCUCGUCCAAUUCACGUUCGGCGGCUCCGGGAAGCACCCCUACGGCAUGUCCGUUGGAGACGGGAAGCCAACCGGCAGGUUCUCCGACGAAUAUCUUCUCAUCGACCGAAUCGCGGAGUCGGCCGGUUUACCCCAUUGUAACCCCUACUUGAGGAAGGACAUGGACCACUCCAGAGGCGCCAACUUUGCCGUAGCUGGAGUCGGGCUCCUGUCGAAGGAGACGCGGGACAAGUUCGGCAUAAAGUUGAAGUACUCUCAAAGCGGCCUCGACGAGCAGCUGAAGUGGUUCAUCAACUUCUCCAAGGAGGCUUUCCAGAACGAAUUAGCCCGCAAGGCCAACUUUGAAUCGGCCCUCUUCGUACUCGGCGGCGGAGGGAACGAUUACGGCGGGUUUAAAAUUAAGGGUGGACCCGAAGAGAAGAAGAUGAUCAUGCCCUAUGUGAUCGCGGCUCUCAAGGAAGGACUCAAGACGGUAAUUCGCUAUGGAGCGAAGAGGAUAGUGGUGAUGGGAGUGUAUCAAGGGAAUGUUUGCCGGGAUUCAACAAGACCUUGCUCGAGCAUGACCAGGGCCCUAUCACCUGUGACAAGGCGUGGAAUUCAUACCACGACCUCCACAACAAGGAGGUUCAACGGUUGGUUCAUGAGUUGGGAAGGGAGUUCCCCCGCAUCCAUAUCGCAUACGGCAAUAUUUGGGGCGGGGUGCAAUGGAUGUUCGACCACUAUCAUUCUCUUGGGUUGAAGCACAAUAGCUAUAAUCGAUGUUGUGGAAUCCAGCAUCAUGAGACUUGUGGUAAACCCGACGCUCCCUUCUGCAAGGAUCCGUGGCACUACAUUUGGUUCGACAAUCUUCAUUUCACGGAUCAUGCGUACCAACUCAUCGCGAGCAAGGUCAUCCCGUGGAUCUACCGUGACCUCAAAUGUGCCGUAACCCCUAAUUCUACGAGCUCUAAAUAAGAAGGGAAUGGUCUUGUACUCUUGUUGGUUAGCAUCAAUCAACAACUCUAAUUGUCGUUUGUUGUCAUGACUUUAGAGACAUUAUUAUUACUACUACUACACCACCACCAAACCACAAUGCAAAUGUAUGACCAAUACGGUCCCGUUUCUAAAAAGGUUGGAUGCUGCUCAAACAUCAACAUUAUUAUUAAUUAUAUUAUUAUUAUUAUUGUCUCAUCCUCUUCCUCUCGAACUAUAUAAUACGUAGUAUGAUAUGACGUAUAUUAGAGUCUAACUAUAUAAACUAUAUGCAUAAUUGUUAUAAUUCAAAUGUGCUAAACAAAUAGUUCAUCUAAAAAGAAUAAACCCUAAAUCUCCAUAACUACAAACAUCUCCAUUUCAUCCCACCGCCUGAAUUUUAAUCCCCUCACAAAACCGGCUUAAGGUCAACCAACUUUGACCAAGGGUAAACCUGGAGGUUUUUAGAGAAGAGAAGUAGAGAGAGAAAAUUAACUCACUCGAACCACUUAUAAAUUAUAUUGAUAUCCAUGUGCAGUGAGGAAUCACUCUGGAUGAAAGAUUCAAUUGUUUCUUGGUUGUUUUCAAUUAUGUAACUAUUCUAUAUUUGGUCGUUUCUCGUUAAAACGUGUGAUUUUGUGAUCGUGAUAAAAAAAGUACAAUAUUAAUGAGGAACCACUUAGAAUGUGUGUGCUGGGAAAGUUGUAUGUCUGGGUGCUUAUAAAUUAUACAUGUUUAAUUAAAAUGUUUGGUAAUUAAUUGUUCGUGUAUGAAACAUGUCUAUAUGACUUAUUAAAGAAAAUGAGCAAGCAUGAGAAUAUCAAGGCAAAAGGGUACAACAUAGUAAUCUAAGUCUUGAGUAAUUUUUAACUUAAUAUAUAUUUUAACAUGUGCAUGGUAUUUGGGUCAUGAAGAGGCCCAAGUAUAUUGAAGGGUUAUAAAUGAAUGAAUAUCAUAAAUGAUUAUGCUUUCAUGAUGAUGAUUAUAAUGUGGUUUGUUGUGGAUAUGUAUGAACUUGUUAUCUAUGAAUGGGUUAUGUGAAAAAGAUGUAUUGGUGUGCUUUUGAGAUGAUUGUACAUGCCAUGAAUGAACAUAUGAUAUGAUAUUAUAUGUGUGCCUACAGGAUCGUGUUGACCUAACCAAUGAAUUAUGUGGUCACCU